UUGAGCUUGCCGCGAUACACAUAAAACUGUGUUGGUUAUUUGUGCAUUUAAUUCCUUAGAAGCCCUUCUGUAUCUUUGAGAAGGCAUUGGCAGUCAUCCUCAAGCGUCGUUGUUAGUUUCAAGUUCGUUUUCUUUGGAAAAUCAGUGGCCGAUGUUUUGCAGUUUGUUUUGAUUUGAGCUUUGAUCGCCCAACAUUCCAUCGUGUUACAAUUAUGCCGUACAGGGACGAUUAUUCGAGACUCUGUGGACCUAUGAAUUACAAGGACAAUGAAGGAAACUGGGAGAGAAAGUUGGCAAUCUUAGACGAGGAUAAAUGUCUUCUGCGGUUUUUCAACGUCUACAGUUAUUCCCCUAAAGAGGAAAAGCUUUGGGAUAUGCCUGAUAGAGAAAUUGCAACUGGACUCAUCACAAAGAUUGAGAAAAAGGCUGAAGAACCUCACAGUUUUGAGGUCCAGAUGGUUGAUUUAAAAAAACAUAUGCUUCAAGCAGAGUCAGAAGAAGAAAUGGAAGAAUGGAUAAAAAACCUUCACAGAGUUGCUGUUGAUCCUACAAGAAGACAGGAAGGGCAAUUAAGGAGUUCUAUCAAGAAUUCCCUUCCAAGAGAAAAUAAAGAAAUACAAGCAAAUGGCUCUGAGCAAAACAAGGAAGAUCAAUCCACAGAGCAUAUCAGUUAUGAAACUAAAAUCAUUGGUGGUGUAGUUGUGAGAAGACCUGUUUCUAAGAAAGCUGAUUCUGACUCUGAGAGCUUAUCAGGAGGCUCCCUGACAAGUCGGUCAAUGUCUGGAGGGGUUGGCAAAGGGUUCAGAAUCCUUAAGCAAGGUUAUCUCACCAAGAAAGGUGCAGUGGUUAGAAAUUGGAAAAAACGAUAUUUUAAACUGGAUGUGACUUCCCUGAGCUACUAUGAAAGAGAUACGGAUAAAGAACCAAUAAAACAAAUCGCAACAAGUGAUAUCCUUCAUAUUCGACAUAGUCCCAGUUCGGAAAGCAAUAAAGAUUUCUUAUUUGAAGURCAGACRGCGACACGGACAUUUCUCAUACAAGCAGAUAAUCAASAAGAAAUGGAAGAUUGGAUUCAACACUUGAAAGAUGCAACGCAGUCGAUCCAAGGACGGUCGUACAGUGGACCGACGUGACCUCAGAUAUACUAGUGAGUGAUUUAUAAUGCUGUAUUCUACACAACAUAUAAUGACGCAGAACCACCCCCAGCGUGUAUGUCUAUUGACUACUACAGUACAUCCCAUGUUUGAAAUGAUGUCAUAGUGGCCGCCAUUGCGUAUGGUUCUCACCAUGCUCCGUAAUUUGCGGCUUGAUGUKUAGCAUCUCACAAUAUCAUAGUUUGAUGUAACAAUGCCAGAUGACUUUUAAAAUUAGCAUGACGUGUGACGUCAUGAGAUUGUUAAAAAUAUUGCAGUAUAGCAGAAGUACAUAACCGUUGUUUUGUAUUUGGUGAAGAAUUACUUUUUGCACUCAAAAAUAGAAACGAAAUGAAUUUGGUCACUGCUGUUGCACGACAGAUUCGUUUUUGCAGGCUCUUUUUUUGGUUUUUAUUUUAUUUUUUAUAUAAAUUAAAUGGCUACUAASUUAAAUAAAAUUAACAAUGCUUUA